UGGUAGGCUAAUGAAAACCUGUCGAAAUGUAACGUAAUGUAAUGUAACGUCGACUUAAUUUUGACAGGAUUCUGAAGGAAUCAAAUUGCUUUCGCUGUAAAAAAUUAACCUAUUAUGAUGAGGAUUCGCACUACCGUACAUUUGAGUUAGUCCAGGGCUACAUCGAAUCAGCUGUCGAAGAGCGUCGCCAUAAUGUUGAACUUUAUAGUGCGCAUUAAUACAGAUGUGCACUUCAGAAAAUAUUAUUGUCUGCUGAAAGUUGUCGGGCCGUUCACAGUGUAAUUUCUAUCACAUAGAAGUAUUUGCCUACAUUUAACUACCCUCUUGGCUUAAAUUCCUUAAACCUGUGUGUCCACAAUUAGAUACAUCUUGUGACAGCAAGUAAAGGGGCGGAGAUACUGCACAAACUACACCGAAAUGACAGCAACGCUGUAGGUUUCGUAUGAUACAAAGACAGUUGUUUAGCCGAUCGUUUAUUUUACGGCUGCUACGUUAGUUUACUGAUAGGCAAAUAAGACUGUCAAAGCAAGUAGGAUUCUUCACAUUUCCCUCGGUUCUUCUGGUCAAGAACCACCAAACAACAAGCAAUUCCUUUUUGGUUUAAGGAAAGGCUAUUCCAGAUCAUUUAUCCAUCCUCCUUGAAUGAUCAACGUGAGACACCAAGGCAAGAACCGCCGGGUCUGGUCUACUUAGUUCAUUGACUUUCAUUGAACCAGAAAACAACAACGAGUGGGUUGUCGCUUCCUCUUCUGUCUCAGAGACUACGGGAGUGGACAAGAGAGGAAGUCCUGCUAUCCACUGUGUGUCCACUAACUAAGUCAUCAUGUCAGCCCCAGGUUACCCACCCCCUCACCAGGGUCCUGGAAGUUACUCCACGGCCCCCUACCCUGUUCCUCAUGGUGGGUACGGUGACCCUAACCAUGCUCCCCCACCAGUUGGCUUCCAUAUGGGCUACAACCACCAACAACCCCAACCAGGCCAGCCUGUGAUGUACCAGCCUGUGCCCAUGCCUGAAUACGGGGUACCUCAAAUGGGCCCCAGCCCAGGCUAUGGUGGUCCCAUGCCUGGACCUGAGUAUGGUGCACCUCAGAUGGGCCCCAGCCCAGGCUAUGGUGGUCCCAUGCCUGGGCCCAGAUACGGCGCACCUCAGAUGGGCCCCAGCCCAGGGUAUGGUGGUCCCAUGCCUGGGCCUGAGUACGGUGCACCUAACUCGGGCCCUCCUGCAGCCAUCUCCCCAGCCCCUGCAGCAGUUGUGCCUGUUGGAGUUCCACCUGGUCUGGAGUACCUAACACAGAUUGACCAGAUCCUUAUACACCAAAAAGUGGAGUUGCUGGAAGCGUUCAUUGGCUUUGAGACCAACAACCAGUACGAGAUCAAGAACAGCCUGGGUCAGAAGAUCUACAAGGCCAAGGAGAAGAACGACUGCUGCACACGCAACUGCUGCGGCGCCCUGCGUAGCUUCGACAUGAAGAUCAAGGACAACACGGACCGUGAGGUCAUCCGCUUCAUACGACCCUACCGCUGUGCCUCCUGCUGGUUUCCCUGCUGCCUGCAAGAGCUCGAGGUCCAAGCCCCGCCUGGCACCACCAUAGGUUAUGUGUCCCAGGACUGGCACCCCUGCGUGCCCAAGUUCUCCAUCAAGGGGGCCAACAAGGAGACCGUAAUGAAGCUGGAGGGACCCUGCUUUGCCUGCAACUGCUGCGGGGACGUCAACUUCAAGCUGACGGGGAAAGAUGGAGGCAAGUCCAUCGGCCGCAUCAGUAAGCAGUGGAGUGGCCUGAUAAAGGAGGUCUUCACCGACACGGACAACUUUGGCAUCCAGUUCCCCAUGGACCUGGACGUCAAGAUGAAGGCUGUGCUCAUGGGCACCUGUUUCCUCAUCGAUUUCAUGUUCUUCGAGAAGGUUGGCAACACAAAACAGCGCAACACCGUCUUCUCAUAACGUAGGAAAAGGGAGAGAAAGAAAGACUGAGCCCUUGAGGCAAUGCAGUCUUUUUCCGAUCCCGUUCGGAACCUCCAUUUUUUUUUUUUUUAUCUAUAAGAAACUCCUUCCUUAUUCAAAAGCUUAGAGGACACUGCCAUUCCGUGCCAAUCCCAGAACUCUUUGUGUGAAACACAACAUGAGGCCUUAUCUGAUGAUGAGCUUACAUUUGAGCCAAAAUGCCCUCUCUGGACUGUUUCUGUGUAUCCAUCCAAAUGUAAGAAUCAGUAACUGGUCUAUGAAACAUAGACCUUAGUUCUCUUUCAUGGGUUUCUCCACUCUCUUCAUGGAAUGUGUUUAUCUACAGUAUGUUUUGUCAUAUCUAUAUUUUCAAUUAGUUUUCUAUAACAUUGAUGUGGGGUUCAGAACAGUAGUCUUAGUGGAAAAAUACCAGUUAUAUAUUAACCUAAGUUUACAUAUUCUUUGCAAUUUCUGUUUUGUCUGUGUGCAAUGGUAUAUUUUACAUCUCAUGUUAUUUGUAAGCCAAAUGUAUAUGUUAAUCUUUCUAAACUGCACCAGCCAUCAAAUGAUUACUGUAGAAAUCUAGGUAAUUUCAUGAUUAGUUUAGUACUUUUAAAGAGAUUAUAGGAUUGACGCUUGCAAUACACUACUAUAGUAACUGUAGCAGCUGUGGUCGUAUUAGCUGCUUUAUUAGAUUUUGUAAUAUGACUAUGUACACUACCAUUCAAAAGUUUGGGGUCACUUAGAAAUGUCCUUGUUUUAAAAAGAAAAGCAAUUAUUUAUUUUUUGUCCAUUUAAAAUAUUAUCAAAUGGAUCAGAAAUACAGUGUAGACAUUGUUAAUGUUGUAAAUGACUAUUGUAGCUGGAAACGGCAGAUUUGUAAUGGAAUAUCUACAUAGGCUUACAGAGGCCCAUUUAUCAGCAACCAUCCCUCCUGUUUUCCAAUGGCACGUUGUGUUAGCUAAUCCAAGUUGAUCAUUUUAAAAGGCUAAUUGAUCAUUAGAAAACCCUUUUGCAAUUAUGUUAGCACAGCUGAAAACUGUUGUGCUGAUUUAAAGAAGCAAUACAACUGGCCUUCUUUAGACUAGUUGAGUAUCUGGAGCGUCAGCAUUUGUGGGUUUGAUUACAGGCUCAAAAUGGACAGAAACAAAGAACUUUCUUCUGAAACUCAUCAGUCUAUUGUUUUGAACGGUAGUGUACAUAAACAUACAAACAAAGUACACCUGUAAUAUGAUUUAUGGUGAAAACUAGAGUAGUUUGAAGGACCAUUAAUGGGAGAAGACUAAUUCUGACUUGGAACUACAUGCUUGUACUACAUUUACAGGCUAAUGAAAUAUGGGAUAUUUGUAGAUGGAUAUGUUUAUGUACUCUGAAGUGCUCCUUGUCUUGUCCCAUGCUGUAUGUGUGACUCUUCUAUUGUUUGUUGCCAUGCCAUAAAGAAGAAUAUACUACA